UUUUGCUUUUGUGGAAUACGAAAGUCGUCGGGACGCGGAUGAUGCAUAUCAUGAGAUGCAUAACAAGCGCAUCGGUCGCGACGACUUGCUGAAAAUUGAAUGGGCUCGGACGCCGCCAUCUGCAUCUUGGCGAUUCGAUUCAGGCCGUGACCGCCGACGUGACCGCACUCCUCCCCGCCGUGGUCGCUCGCCAUCCCCGCGUCGUGGUGGUCGUAGCGACUACUCCCCUCGUAGGGAUGACAGGUAUGAGCGGGACUAUGACCGUCAUGACCGCGAUUAUGAGCGUCGUGAUCGUGACUACGACCGUCGUGAUCGCGAUUAUGACCGCCGUGAUCGUGAACGUUCCCGUGACCGCUCUCGUAGCCCUGAUGAGAGAGAGCGUGACAUCAAAGAUGACAGAGAGAGGCGUGAUGAGGAAAGAGAACGCCGUGAUGAGGAGCGAGAAAAUGGACCCAAUGGCGAAGACAGGAAAGUUCCAUUAGACCCCCUGCCUUCUGCUCAUGAUGAGCUUGAUACUGCCGAGUAGGUCCAUUUGGUAUCAUGCUGAUUUAGCCUUUCCCUUGUUUUCCCGUUUUGUAAAUCUGCAGAUGUUCGCCCCUAUCAACUCAUGGAAAUAAAUUCCUUUUGAGUUUCAACGGGAGGGAAACGGCCUUUGCAGAUUUCAGUGUGGCAUUUUACAUCGGUAUCUUGUCAUCCCUCCCCUUUAGUCUCUGUGUUACCUUGUUUUCUUGUGGCUUUCCCCCCUUGUGAUUUCUCGUUCUUGGCUGCGGCGGUGAUGGGUUUGUGACCGUGGAGCUUUGUUUUCGUUUGAUGUUGGUAUUUAUCCUGGCCAGCAGCUCGAAUACAUACCGAACGAACAUCGAGCGAUCAUUCAAUCCGCCAAUUCUUACCGUCCUUGCUUUCGUCACGAUGAACGACGGUCCGUCGCCCGUUCUAAUCCCAAGCUUAAUAAGAAAACGAUUCACAUUUACCUCUCCCUCCUCCCCCUCGUCCCGUACCACCG